UGCAGGUUCCCUUGUCUUCUGGCCAGGAUUCUCCAAGGCGUCUCACCACAUGGGCCGGCUCAGAAACGCCAAAAUCCACGUGGAGAGAGCUGUCAAGCAGAAGAAGAUUUUUACAAUCCAAGGCCGUUACCCAGUGAUACGGGGUCUCUUGCGCCGGAGGGGUUGGGUGGAGAAGAAGAUGGUCCCUCACUCAGGCACCACUCUGCUGCCAUCCCAGAAGGAUCUGGAUAGCUCAGCGAUGGGUGAUAGUGACACCACGGAGGAUGAGGAUGAAGAUGAGGAUGAGGAGUUCCGGCCACCAGAGCUGUUCAACUUCGAUGAUUUACUGGAAUUUGAUGACCUAGAUGGGACACAUGCUCUGAUGUCCCGCAUGGUUCGGAACGAGACCCCCUACUUCAUUUGGACUACUCGGCGGGAUGUGCUGGACUGUCGCUUCCUCUCCAAGGAUCAGAUGAUAAACCACUAUGCCCGAGCUGGCUCCUUUACCACAAAGGUGGGUCUAUGUCUCAAUCUCCGGAAUUUGCCAUGGUUUGAUGAGGCGGAUGCUGACUCCUUCUUCCCUCGCUGCUACCGCCUGGGGGCUGAGGAUGACAAAAAAGCCUUUAUAGAGGACUUCUGGCUGACAGCUGCCCGCAACGUUCUCAAGCUGGUGGUGAAGUCUGAGUGGAAGUCAUGCUCUAUCAAGGCAGACAAGGAAGAGGUCCUGGGAAAAAAGCAGCCCACAAAACAAGAAAAAAAGCUAGGGUCAGUGUCCCCAGAAUUUGUGGAUGAGGCUCUGUGUGCGUGUGAGGAGCACCUUAGCAACUUGGCCCACAUGGACAUCGACAAGGACCUGGAGGCCCCGCUGUACCUUAGCCCUGAGGGCUGGUCCCUCUUCCUGCAGCGCUACUACCAAGUGGUCCAUGAGGGGGCAGAACUCAGGCACCUCGACACUCAGGUCCAGCGCUGUGAAGACAUUCUGCAGCAGCUGCGGGCCGUGGUACCCCAGAUCGACAUGGAAGGGGAUCGCAACGUCUGGAUUGUGAAACCAGGAGCCAAGUCCCGUGGACGAGGCAUCAUGUGCAUGGACCAUCUGGAGGAGAUGCUGAAGCUGGUGGACUGCAACCCCAUGAUGAUGAAGGACGGCAAGUGGGUGGUGCAGAAGUACAUUGAGCGGCCCCUGCUCAUCUUUGGCACCAAGUUUGACCUGAGACAGUGGUUCCUUGUGACUGACUGGAACCCACUUACUGUGUGGUUCUACCGAGACAGCUAUAUCCGCUUCUCCACGCAGCCCUUCUCCCUGAAGAACCUGGACAACUCGGUGCACCUGUGCAACAACUCCAUUCAGAAGCACCUGGAAAACUCGUGCUCUCGGCAUCCACUGCUGCCUUCAGACAAUAUGUGGUCCAGCCAGAGGUUCCAGGCCCACUUGCAGGAGAUGGGGGCCCCAAACGCUUGGUCUACCAUCAUUGUGCCUGGCAUGAAGGCUGCCGUGAUCCAUGCACUUCAGACCUCCCAAGACACUGUGCAGUGUCGGAAGGCCAGCUUCGAGCUCUAUGGUGCUGACUUUGUGUUUGGAGAGGACUUCCAACCUUGGCUGAUCGAGAUCAAUGCCAGCCCCACUAUGGCACCCUCCACAGCUGUCACCACCAAGCUCUGUGCCGGUGUGCAAGCAGACACCCUGCGGGUGGUCAUCGACCGGAGGCUGGAUCGCAACUGUAACACGGGAGCCUUUGAGCUCAUCUAUAAGCAGCCUGCUGUGGAGGUACCCCAAUAUGUGGGUAUCCGGCUCCUGGUAGAGGGCUCCACCAUCAAGAAGCCUGGGGCAAUGUGUCAUCGGCGGAUGGGGAUUCGCCCAGCAUUCCCUCAUCUGCUGACCCAGCGAGGCUCUGGGGAAGGCAAGGACUCAGGGAUCCCUACCCACAGCCAAAGUAUCAGGAAGUUUAAGGAAGCUGCCCAAGGUUUCACAGCUCAGAAGGAGCAAAACUGGGAAGCAGACCCAGCCCCUUACUGUUUCCCCAACCUCCACACCAAAGCCCGGCUACCUUCUCCCCAUGUGGUCCGACCCCAGGGGCGAGUCCUCAGACUGCAGCACAGCAAGCUGGUGGGCUCUAAGGCCCUGUCAACCACAAGCAAGGCACUGAUGACUCUACCUACAGCCAAGGUCUUGAUUUCCCUCCCACCUAACCUUGAUCUCAAGCAGGCAUCCAGCAUCCCGAAGCCAAGAAAGGUGGGCCUUAAACUGUGA